GUUAUCAUCUUGUGAGCCGCCUCGAGCACAGGCCGGGCGGGCGACAGGGCGUGCAACGUCCUGCCGCCGCGAGGGCGCAGGUGGCCCGCCUGCCGGGCUCGAGGGAGUCGACUACAACCCCCAGCAAACCCCGCUCUGGGGUGCGCCCUCUGAUUGGCGCAGAGCAUCCGGGUGCGCGGCCUUGCUCCCGCCCCUCGGGCAACUCCUGGCGGGGAUUGGGCGAGGGACCCCGGCACCGGAAGAGAGUCGGCGCGUGGCGGCUGCGGGGAGGCAGAUCCAGACAGCUCUUCCUCUCUCUGGCUACUCCAGCAUGGAUGCACAGCAGGCCCAGGAGCUGUUGGGGUUCCUCCGGCCAGAGGCCCGUUUGGACCUGAAAGGCCAGGCCACCCAGUAUGUUAUGGGGCUAACAGGCAACCCGGAGGGCAGGCAACUGCUGGCCGUGCAGCCGGCCUUUGUGGAAGCCUUGCUGGCCCUGACCAGUGACCUCUCCUUGGCUGUAGCCAAAGAUGCCUAUCACACCCUCAUCAACCUGGCCACAGAGCCAGUUGCCCAUGAGACUCUGAAGAAAGGGAUCCCCGUCAUGCUGAAGCGCCUCCUGGACCCAGGCUUCCCCUUGGCCGACCAGGUCUGCGCUCUCCUCUCCAACCUGUCACGGGAAGAGGCCUCUUCCGGCGACCUCUUGGCGGCCCUGCAGCAGGACGACGUGGGGGGCCUGGUGGCAGUCGUGGAGGCUUUCUGCACUGAAGGGUUCAACGCCAAGGCAUCUUUGCACUACCUGGGCCCUUUGCUGUCAAACCUGAGCCAGCUGUCAGAAGCCCGAAACAUCCUCUUGGACAGAUCCAGGUGUGUGGUGCAGAGGUUGCUGCCAUUCACGCAAUAUGCAGGCUCAGCCGUCCGUCGAGGAGGUGUGGUUGGGACACUCCGGAACUGCUGCUUUGACUAUGGGUACCACAAAUGGCUGCUGAGCGAAGAGGUGGACCUGCUCCCCUUCCUCCUCCUCCCUCUGGCUGGCCCUGAGGAGUUUGCAGAGGAGGAGAUGGAAAGGCUGCCCUUGGACCUCCAGUACUUGCCACCGGAGAAGCAGCGGGAGCCCGACCCCGACAUCCGCAAAAUGCUUCUGGAAGCCCUCAUGCUGCUCACAGCCACAAAGCCGGGGCGGCAGCUGGUGCGAGAGAAAGGCACCUACCUCAUCCUGCGGGCGCUGCAUGUGUGGGAAGCGGACCCAGGUGUCCUGGCCGCCUGCGAAAAGUUGAUUCAGGUCCUCAUUGGGGACGAGCCCCAGGCAGGGAUGGAGAACCUACUGGAGGUGGAGAUCCCUGCCGCUGUGGAGGAGCAGCUGCAGCGCCUGGAUCAGGAGGCGGAAGAGGAGCAGAGCAAGCGCCCGGCGUCCCGCUCAGAAGGGCUGCAGAGAUGAGGGACAGAGGAUCGAGGCAAGGGAGACCUCAGGGACUGUCUCUCUCUCCCCCCCCCACACUUCUUGCCACUGGAACUGGAACCACCGGGUGGAAAGUGGCCCUGCCCUUUGGGGCAAGGAACCUGUGCUGGGAAGCAGCCAGCCGCUGGCUCUGUCACGGAUAACUGGACUGAGCCCCAUUCUGGAAUGGGAUGUGCAGGGGCUGCCCUUGCUCUGCUUGAAGCAGAGUCUGGCUCCUCUUUUCCAGCACUUUGUUCAAGCAGAAGAAGAUGCCCUUCCUGGAACUGGGGAACACCAGGCAGAUCAGUCUGCUACCACCUACAGAAACGGAAAGAUGGGCUGGUAGCCCCACAGACUCCGCUGCCCUCCACAAACGUUUUUGCCAGCACAGAAAGGCCCAGUUCGUAUGUACAGUUUGCCUCUUGAGAUUCUCGCCUUUCUACAGGAGGACAGCCCUGUGUAUCUGGCAACUUCAGGCUGGCUAUAGGGUGCCUGUCCCCACUGAGGCUCUUCAGCUUCUUCAAGUUACAGAACCUACAGCGCUGCAGCUGUGGGAAUGUGCUAUACUCCCUCCCCUUCCACCCCCAAAAGGUGUGUUCCAUAUCAACUGUGUGGGGGCUGAUUUUCAGCAACGGGCCCUUUCCAGAAUGUUCUAAUCUGUGGCCGGAAAGGAGGGGGCUAUUUCUGGCUACUUGGUUGGUCUGUUGGUAACGAGGGAUGCAGCCCUUAGCCCAGGAAGCAUGCCUCUGCUGAGCAGUGCAAGCAGGAAAGAGCACUGUUGCACUCAGGUCUUGUUUUCGGGCUUCCCAUUGGGGCAUCUGGUUGGCCACCGUGAGAAGAGGGUGCUGGACUAGGGGGCUCCCUUUGGCCUCUUGGGUUGCAAGACACCUUCCCAGUCCUCUGCCUGUUCCUUCCGGCUUUUCCCUCUGGAAUAGAGCCUUUGGCCCUUUCACCCUAUGACUCUGCUCUGAGCUGAAAUUGCAGGGAACCUGGUGCCUGGAGGGAGGAAUUCUAGAGACGGGUUGAUCCAGACACAUGCAGAGGCUUAAGGGUGGACAAAGGCUGGGAUACCAUUGGGGGAGUGGAGAGACAGCAAGCCUGGCUUUCUUUCUUUUUGUUUCCUAUAAGUUGUAUGAGGCUCUUGGUGUGGCUCUGAAAAUAGUUGGGAAUCCCUGGCAGCAGAAUAUUGGUCCUUUGGAAACUUUUUGGGGGAUGUCAAAUUGAUGGGGGAGAGGGAGUGACCUUCAGAUGACAGGCAUUCUUGAUUAGAUAGAAUGAAGAGGGAGGAGCUAGAAUUAUUGACACUACCACAGACGGGUUGGCAACCUCCAGGCAGAAGGCCAAGAGAACUCCUAGGCUGAGCCUGGCUGCAGCUGGAUCAGGCCGAGGGGCCCCCACCCAGUCCAGCAUUGUGUGUCCACAAGGGCCAGCCAGGUGCCUCUUCUGGGAAGCCUGCAAGCAGGACCUCGGCACAGCAGCACUCUCCCCUCCUGUGGUUGCCAGCGACUGGCAUUCACAACCAUACUGCCUUCUGACUGGAAGUAAAACAUGUCCAUCAUGGUUGGUAGCCAGAGGUAGCCUUCUAAUCCUUAUUUUAAGCCAUCCAAGGUGGUUGCCGUCACUGCCUCUUGUGAGAGCAAAUUCCCUAGCUUACCUGUGUGUGAAGUUAACCUAUGCGUUGUGUGGAGAAGGACUUCCUUUUGUUGGUCCUCAGCCUUCACCUUCAUCGGAUGGAGAGAAACUCGUUUUCUAAGAAGGCACUCUUGGCCUGCUGGCAUUGCUGCAGUGCCUGAGGGAGCCGUUUCCUUCCUGCCCUCCUCGUGAGCUCCCGCUUGGGGCCACUCGUGGGCCUCUGUAGGGAAAGGGUUGGUGGACUGGUCGGCCCUUUGGCUUGUUCCAAGAGUGCUCUCUUACAUCUCAGGAGGUGGGUGGGUGGAUAGGGAAGAAAGAAAGUCAGUCCUAGCAGGCGAAGGGAGUUGGGGCUCUGUAGGAGGGGUGCCAAAGAAGGAUUGUUGCAGCAUCGGGGACUUUACAGGGGCUGUAUCAGGGGAGAGGCCAAGGCCUUGGGGAAGUGGGCUUAGAGGACCAGAGCAGUUGCGUCCCCGUUGUUUAUCUGGCUGGUUGAAAUGCAGAAAACUUAUGACAUUGAGGGCCAAAGUAGAGGAGACGUUAGUUGUGUGAAUGCAGUUAAGUGUUAUGCUAGGUAGGACGAUUAACUCUCUCUUCUGCCAAGCUCCAGGAAAAAAGGCUUCUCUCUCCAAAGCUGCUGUUUGUAUUUCAGGGAAAGCUUCCAUGUGAUCAGGUCAUUCUGCAAAAGGUUGUUUGGGACCAGUUGCUUGAAGUGACUCUGCAGAGCCCAGCCUGCAGCAGGGGGAGGGUGCGUGUAGAGGGGAUCUGUUUUAAGAUGUGCAUUAAGAAUGGCCUGAAUCAACUGCAAGAAUAUCUGGGCUGUACAAGUGGUACUCAAGAAGAGCAAAUUGUAAACUUAAAAAAGCCUAAAUGGGACACUGCAGAAAAAGGAGUCACUAAUUGAGACGUAGGGCCCCCAGCAUGGGUCAGAAAUACUCUGCUAAACAUGGACCAGCAUCUGAAUGCUCUGUGGGAGGAGAUAAGCGGUUGUGGAAACGUUUCAGCAGCAGCAGCAGCAGCUUUGGAUCAACUGCACGCCGGAAGCAAGACCAGCACUUUCGUGGCGGGGUGGGGUGGAGAAUGACAUGACCCACUCCCCUUUUAGAAGAGAUGUUACAAUAAAGGAUUCAGAAGGCAUGAGAUGUAUAUUCUUCCCGGGUAAAAAGGCUGCCCCCAGGGAGGUGGGUUUUAGGAACUACAUGGGGCAAUACAUACAGGUUUUAGAAAGGAACCUUUAGGGCAGAGAACUUGCUGGGCAAUGGAACAGUUUCCCUGGAGAGCUGGCAGUCGGAGGGUGCUUAGAGGAGGUUGGGGAAGUUGCCAUUCUGUGGGGUUCCCUGGGUUGGUUGCAGGGGGAGAGGUGGCUUAGCCCAGCAGCCACAAUUGCAGCAGAAACAGAAGGUGUCAAACAGGCACGCAGAGCAAUGAUACACUGAUGUAUAUAGAGAAACAGCGGACAACCGCAUGGGUAGAAGCUGGGCAGGCAGAGCAACGGCACUUGGUCAGCAAUGGCUCAGCCGCCUCCCCCCCGCGACGGGGCCGGCCCCUCCUCAGUUCCACAGCAGCAG